CUUGAACAUGUGCACUUAUCGCUAGGAUCAUGGCUCUUGGCCUUGAGAAGGGCUAGACAUGCGUGACGGCCGCCGCGACGGUCGAAGCCGCUCCCGGCACUUCGAUGGCCGAGACGGCCGGGAUGGCCGGGACGGCCGGGAUGGCCGGGAUGGUUGGCGGCCGGACCCGCGUCGGGACCCGCGCCGGGACCCACGGGACCUGCGGGAUCCACGGGACCAGCGGGACCCACGGGACCCACGAGAUCCGCGGGAUCUGCGUGAUCCGCGGGAUCCAAGGGAUCCACGGGACCAGCGGGACUUGCGGGAUCCGCGUGACCGGGAUGGGCGGGACCCCCGUGCGCGUGAGGUGCGGGAGGUUCGCCACCCACUGAGCCGGCCCUACGAACAGCGACAGGCAUAUGGCAAGGCUUACCUAGAUGAGCGCCCCUAUUCCGACCGCGAGCGCGAGCAGGAGCGCGAGCGUGAGCGGUAUAGUGGGCACGGCCAGAGUCAUGAGUGGCACCUACGGCAAAGCGAACGAGGUGCCAGAGGUGAUCGCUAUGAUGGCUACGAUGACCGUCGCAUGGAUCAGAACUUCGACCGUCUGCGAGAAAACUCUGGCCGCAGAGACCGACAUGUCCGCGAAAUCUUCGUCAAAGAGAGGAGUGCGGAUGUGAGGGAGCUUCGCGACCGUGCGGACCGGGAGCGAAGAGCGCGGAGCGGAGGCCGGACCGCGCCGGUGCCGGCGCCGGCACUGCGGCCGGAGCGCCGGCCAACCGAGCGGCGCACCGAGCUGCGCAGGGACGAGCCCAGGCCUGCAGACGCCCGGCUUCGCGAGCGACGCCGGCGGGAGCGGGCACCGGCGCCGUUCCUCGCCGAGAAGUUCCGGGCCCCGCGGAAGGAGCGGAAGGCCCGGCCACGGGAGGAUCGGCGACCUGAGGUUCAGGAGCAACGCCGUGAGACAGAGCGACCCAGGCGGCCCGAGCCGGUUCAAAGCGCCAAGGAGGCUACUCCACAAGCGAAAGCCGUGAGCGCAGAGGCCGAGGUGCAAAGCAAACCUCCGGAAGCGGCCGAAGCGCCGAGAGGCCAGUGCGAUGACGAGAGGUCGGAGGGCAGUGAGUCUGAGGAGAGCUGUAACUCCGAGGCCGACUUCGACCCAUCCUCGGAGGAGGACAUCCCCAUCGCCAUGGCCAAAGCAGCAGACCCUGAGGAAGAGCCCGAGCAGGCGGAGCCGGAGGAGUCUGCUCCAGCAGAGCCGGCGGAGGAGAAAGCGGAGCCGGCGCCGGCGGCGGCAGAGGAGGUGCCUGCGGCGGUUGUUCCGUCCGCGCAGGGAGGCAUUUCGCCGCAAGAGUGCGCCCCGAUGCCAGCGAGGCCACCUUGGCCUUCGACGGCCUUCCGGCAGACCCGCACCAUCCCCGUGCCGAAGCGCCUCUGCAAAGAGCUCCAAGGCGCUUGCCCAGGCAUGCAAUUUGAGAUUGAGGAUGCCGAGGGUUUGCCCAACUUCGCACGGGUCACCUUCGAUGCGGAAGACUUCUCCGCGGUACAAGCUGCGGUGACGAAGAUCCAGAGGGGCGGCUUCGACGCAGUGGAGCUGAUCGCCGUGCGGGAGGCCAGGCGUCAGCUGCAGCGGCUCAGUGCGGAACAGAUGGGCAUCGCCGAGACGGUGAAGUUCGAAGAUACACAGGAGCAGCGGCGGGCGGCGCUGCGGGGCCGCGCCAGCGAGGUGGACCGGGCCUGGCUCUGCACCGUGAAGGCCGCCCUGGGCAAGGCUUCCGAGAGGGACCUGCGAGGCGAGCGGCCCAAAGACCGGCGCGACCGCCGCCGCGAGCCCCGCGAGCCCCGCGAGCCCCGCGAGCUCCGCCGUGCGCGGGAAGGCGUGCAGCUGAUGGAGCGGAGCUACAAGCACCGCGCCCGUGAGAGGUAGCCGGGCCACCUUCCCGAGGCUGAAAGCGCUUCCAGCCGCGAGUCAAGGGCAGUCACCAUCAAAG